UCUACAAGUGGGAUACCGUGUGAGAUUUAUUGUAGACAAGAACAAGCUCUCACCCCUUUUUUUCAUUGAGGUCUUUUGUUCAAUCAAUUAAAAUAAAGAAAUAUCGCUAACUGUCAUCCAGCCAUUUAAUAAAGUUAGCUUCUAUUCUGAUUGGCUGUGGUACUCCUGGCUAACCCAAAGAGAAACAAGAAGCUAAAACCAUGGAGAAAUCAUAGCUUUGAAGAUCAUACCAUCCCUUCUCUGCUCUUUUAUGACUCAAAAGAGAGAGAGGGAGAGAGAGAGGGAGAGAGAGAGAGAGAGAGAAAGGAGGGGUGGGAAACAAAAGAGAGUACACUGGUAAUCUUUAUGUUAAUUGGUUUAUUUUCUUAUAAUUCUUUUUCUCCUUUUCUUAAUUGUUCAUUGCUCUUGAAACCAAAGGUUUCUUGGGCUUAAAGUUUCCAACUUAUCUGACCCUGCAAAGCACAAUUUGUUCUGAGUAUAUAUUAUUGCAAGUUGAAGAAAUUAACUUCUUUUUAAGUUUGAUUAAUGGGUAGAAGAAAAUCUCAAGAUGUUCAACAUGAGAACAAAGCUGUGAUGAUCUGUAGUUCUGGGAUAAACAUUCAGCAACUGAGUUCUGAUGAGAGAAUUUACUGUACUGGAGGCUUAUUUGCAAGCGUUGGUCAAGUGGGAAUGGGAUUUGGUGUUUCACCAGGUCCUUUAAAGCCAAGGAACAUCAUUUUGAAACUCCCAAACACCAAUUCUUACAUGAAAUAUGUUUCGAUUACUAAAUCUGGUUUUCAGUUAAGAUGGGUUCCAGAGUUGGAGACAGAAAAUGUUUUGGAGUUUGGAGAAGAGAAGGUGAAAAAGAAUGACAAUGGUGGCUUUAAACUGAGAAUCAAGAUUGAGAAUGAAUCUCUGAGGAAGUUGAUGAGUGGAGGCAUUGCUGGUGCAGUGUCACGCACUGCAGUUGCGCCAUUGGAGACUAUAAGGACUCAUCUGAUGGUAGGGAGCUGUGGCGACUCGGCUGGUGAAGUGUUCAGAUCCAUCAUGGAAACUGAUGGUUGGAAAGGCUUGUAUAGGGGAAAUCUGGUAAAUGUAAUUCGGGUAGCACCCAACAAGGCUAUUGAGUUAUUUGCUUAUGAUACAGUCAAGAAGUAUCUGACUCCAAAAUCAGGAGAGCAUGACAAAAUCCCACUUCCUGCCUCAUUAGUGGCAGGUGCCGUUGCUGGAUUCAGCUCAACUUUCUCUACUUACCCUCUUGAGCUGUUAAAAACCAGACUCACAAUCCAGAGAGGAGUGUAUAAGAAUUCUUUACACGCGUUAUCGAAGAUCAUUGGAGAGGAAGGAGCUGCUGAGUUGUACAGAGGACUAUUGCCAAGCUUAAUUGGAGUGAUCCCAUAUGCUGCCACCAACUAUUUUGCUUAUGAAACAUUGAGAAAAGCUUACAAGAGAGCUUUCAACCAUGAGGAGAUUGGAAAUGUGAGCACUCUCUUGAUGGGUUCUUCAGCUGCUGCCAUUUCAAGCUGUGCAACUUUCCCACUUGAGGUGGCUCGUAAGCAAAUGCAGGCAGGAGCUUUCAAUGGGAGACAAUACAAGAACCUGCUUCAUGCUCUUUUAAGCAUACUUGAAAGGGAGGGAAUCUCAGGUCUGUAUAGAGGAUUAGGGCCAAGCUGCAUGAAACUGAUCCCUGCUGCUGGAAUAUCUUUUAUGUGCUAUGAGGCAUGCAAGAGGACAAUGUUAGAGGAAAAAGAAGAAAUUUAAGUCCCAAAGAAGCAAUUUUAUUUCCUGGGUUUUUUAAGUUGAAACUGUAAUUUUUUUUCGUCGUAAUUAAAGGAAGAAAAUGAAAUACUACUACAAACACUUCAAUUAUGUUGGCACUUGAAUAAAAGACUUCUCUUAUAUGUUUCA